UACUAGUUUUGAUUUGAAACCACUCUUGUGUAUAAGCUGAACUCCACGUGUCCCACUGAUAACUACAACUCCUCCCCCAUUUCCCUUUAUUUUCUCCUCUCUUCCAUUAUCAGUCAUCGAGUGUAUGCAUGUCUACAAGAACCAAGGACUGUUACAGCAAUACAGUUUUAUCACUCCUUACAAUAUAUUAUCCAAGAUUUUGUGUAAAAGAGAGUUAUUGAGAAAAAGGGUGUAUAGUAUCAGUGAUUUUGAGGAUUAUUUUUGGAGGUUUAUCACUACAAGAUUUUGUGUAAAAGAGAGUGAUUGAGGGAAAGGGUGUUGAGGAUCAGUGAUUAUGAUGAUGAUUUUUUGGUUCUGAGGAAAUUUAUUUGUUUUUUAUUUUUUACUUUCUGUGUUUUUUUUUGGUGUAGAGAAGGAGAAUUUCAAGGAAAAAGUGUAUGUUUGUGUGUGUGUGUGUGUGAAAGAGAGGAUAAAAAGGUGUAGAGGAUCAGUGAUGCUGUUGAUGAUUUUUGGGUUCUGAAAAAUUGAAGGAAAACGUGUGUGUUUGUGUGAGAGAGGAGAAAAGGGUAUAGAGGGAUCAGUGAUGGUGAUGAUGACUGUUUGGUUCUGAGUAAACAUUUUUGGCUGUUUGAUGUUGAAGGGGAAAAUUGAGGGAAAAAGUGUGUAGAAUAUUUGUGAUUCUGAGGAAAAUUAUAUUUUUGGGAUUUUUUGUUGUAGUGAGGAGGAAAUUAAGGGAAUUUUUUUUUUGUGUGUGUGUCUGUCAGAGGAUCAGUGAUUCUGAUGAUGAUUGCUUGUUUCUGAGGAUUUUUUUUUGGGGUUGUUUGGUGUUUGAAGAGGGGAAAUUGAGGGAAAGAGAGUGUGUGUGUGUGAAAGAGAGAGGAAAAGGGUGUGGAGGAUCAGCUAUGGUGAUGACUUUUUGGUUCUGAGGAAUUUUUUUUUAGAUUUUUGGUGUAGAGGGUGAAAUUUGAGUGUGUGUAAAAUUGAGAAUAUUGUUUGGUUCUUGAGGAAAAAUUCUUUUUUUGGGUUGCUUGUUUGGUGUUUUGAAGGGGAUAUGUAUACUGUAGGAGGUUUAGGAGGGCCAAUGCGAAAAUCAUUUAAGGAUUCUCUCAAAGUUCUUGAAGCUGAUAUUCAGCAUGCCAAUACUCUUGCAUCUGACUUUUCGAGGGAGUAUGAUGGUGCUUGCUUACAGAUGCGAAUGUCCUACAGUCCUGCAGCACACAUCUUCCUUUUCUUAGUGCAAUGGACCGAUUGCCAUCUUGCUGGUGCCCUUGGCUUGUUGAGAAUUCUUAUAUACAAGGUAUAUGUCGAUGGCACCACAACCAUGUCAACUCAUGAAAGGAAAGCAAGCAUUAGGGAGUUCUAUGCUGUUAUUUAUCCCUCUUUAGUUCAACUUGAAAGAGGUGUCACGGACUCGGAAGACAAGAAGCAAAAUGCAGUUUGCCAGGAGAGAUACAGGAGACGAGAUGAGGAGGAUUACAGGCAAGCUUAUGAUCUGGACAUUGAAAGGGAAGAUGAAUGUGGAAUUUGCAUGGAGGUGAACAGCAAAAUUGUCCUUCCCAACUGCAAUCAUGCAAUGUGCUUGAAAUGCUAUCGCGAUUGGCGUUCGAGAUCACAGUCGUGCCCCUUUUGCCGUGAUACCCUGAAACGGGUGAGCUCGGGGGAUCUGUGGGUAUAUAUGGACAGCAAAGAUGCGGUGGACAUGACAACAAUUACAAGGGAGAAUCUAAGAAGGUUGUUCAUGUAUAUAGAGAAAUUACCUUUGAUCGUGCCAGAUAAUGUUUUCGACACAUAUGAUGAUACUCAUCUAAGGUAGAGGAGCAAUGGCCUAUUUAUUAUCUUGUCGAAAUUGGUCAUACGCUAUAGAUUUAGAAAAUGGAGGUUAUGGUAUUAGAUUUGGUGAUGCCGGAUUAUUAGAUAUGGAGGUGGUUCCUUUUCUACUACCAUGUGAUUAUAAGAAACCCCGCCUUUCUUAUUGGGUCCGGGUGCAUGCAGAGCCGGAUUCAUGAUUUGAAUUUCAUGCGUUGUGUCUAAAUUCUAGGAUAUUAGGUUUAAUUUAUGUACAUAUUUAGUUAAUUUCUUAAUACAAAUACAGGGUUUGAACUAAA